ACCUGUAUUUGUCUAUAGAGAGGUGGAGGUCAUCUGUCGAGAGGGCCAGAUUGAGAGAGAUAGUAACACCUGUAUUUGUCUAUACAGAGGUGGAGGUCAUCUGUCGAGAGGGCCAGAUUGAGAGAGAGUGCACGAAGGAUGACCUGGAAGACAAUGGAUUCAGCUGUGAUGAAUCAUCUAACGUCAGCAACCCCUGCUCCCCUGGCAACGUCUGUGACCGCGCCCACCCCUCUGACUCCACCAAGUUCAUCCACUGCGACUCCCAGGGCAACAUGUAUGUGACACAAUGUCCCGGCAAAACUCAGUACAACCCUGACGCAAUCAGCUGUGGGUCUGAACCAGUCCAGGGAGGGGUGUCCUGUGACGUAUCCAAUCGUUGCACACAAAAAAAUAUUGCCAAUGGUAAAUUCUACUUCCCCUACCCUCCCAACCCCUCCAAGUACAUCCAGUGUGAUGCCUCCGGGAAUUCGUGGAUCAGGGACUGCCCCGCUGAUCUGGUGUGGAACUCUGCUCUCAACACUUGCUACUACAGGAUGGGAUCAGCUCAGCAGCCGGCACAGGAACCGGUAAAGGAACCCUCUGGCCAUACUACCAGUGUCCCCCCACCUGCAGCUACGACCGACGCAAACCCUUGCAACAGCAACAACAACGGUCAAAUAUUCCCGCACACAGACCGCACCAAGUACAUCACGUGUACAAACAACGGCGUUGCCGUUGUCCAGUCGUGUGCGCCGCCCGUCGUGUACUACGACACCAUCAAGACAUGCAACUGGGCUUAGCUGGCAAUGUUUGAACCCACGAGUAACCCUUCAGUUCUGUCAAUUAACGUAAUCAUCUAACAUUCUACUGUUCACCAUCAAACACAGAUUUUGUGAAUAAAUAUAAAUCCAUUAUC